CCGGCGUCCCUCCUGCCGCCGCCACCACCGCUAGCGCCCUCGCUGCCUCAAGUUCUCGCCGCUUCCCUUCCCUGCCAUUCCAGCUUAAGCCAGCCCCGGCCUGCCCCUAAACGGCUUCAUGGCGUACAGUCAGGGAGGCGGCAAGAAGAAAGUCUGUUACUACUACGACGGUGACAUUGGGAACUAUUAUUAUGGGCAAGGGCACCCAAUGAAGCCUCAUAGGAUUCGCAUGACGCACAACUUGUUGCUAAAUUAUGGUUUGUACAGAAAAAUGGAAAUUUACCGGCCCCACAAAGCUACAGCAGAAGAAAUGACCAAAUACCACAGUGAUGAGUACAUCAAAUUUCUUCGCUCGAUAAGACCUGACAAUAUGUCUGAGUAUAGCAAACAGAUGCAAAGAUUUAAUGUUGGAGAAGAUUGUCCUGUGUUUGAUGGACUAUUUGAGUUCUGUCAGCUGUCUACAGGAGGCUCUGUGGCUGGAGCAGUAAAAUUGAACAGACAGCAGACAGACAUGGCUGUUAAUUGGGCUGGAGGACUUCAUCAUGCUAAGAAGUCAGAGGCAUCUGGCUUCUGUUAUGUCAAUGAUAUUGUGCUUGCUAUUCUUGAGUUACUGAAAUACCACCAAAGAGUGCUAUACAUUGAUAUUGAUAUCCAUCAUGGUGAUGGUGUUGAAGAAGCAUUUUAUACAACAGAUCGUGUUAUGACAGUAUCAUUCCAUAAAUAUGGUGAAUAUUUCCCUGGCACAGGGGAUUUGAGGGACAUAGGUGCUGGAAAAGGCAAAUAUUAUGCUGUCAACUUUCCAAUGAGAGAUGGAAUAGAUGAUGAGUCAUAUGGACAGAUUUUUAAGCCAAUUAUAUCCAAAGUCAUGGAGAUGUACCAGCCUAGUGCUGUGGUGCUGCAAUGUGGGGCAGAUUCACUGUCUGGUGACAGACUGGGAUGUUUUAAUCUUACUGUCAAAGGCCAUGCUAAAUGUGUGGAAGUUGUGAAGACUUUCAAUUUGCCUCUUCUGAUGCUUGGAGGAGGUGGAUAUACCAUACGUAAUGUCGCGCGAUGUUGGACCUACGAGACUGCUGUUGCUUUAGAUUGUGAAAUUCCUAAUGAAUUGCCAUACAAUGACUACUUUGAGUAUUUUGGACCAGAUUUCAAGCUGCAUAUUAGCCCAUCAAAUAUGACAAAUCAGAACACCCCAGAAUAUAUGGAGAAGAUUAAGCAGCGUUUAUUUGAGAAUUUGCGCAUGUUGCCUCAUGCUCCUGGUGUACAGAUGCAGGCCAUUCCUGAAGAUGCUGUUCAUGAAGACAGUGGGGAUGAAGAUGGGGAAGAUCCAGACAAACGUAUUUCUAUUCGUGCAUCUGAUAAGCGGAUAGCUUGUGACGAAGAAUUUUCUGAUUCUGAAGAUGAAGGGGAAGGUGGGCGCAGAAAUGUUGCUGAUCAUAAGAAAGGAGCAAAGAAAGCCCGAUUAGAAGAAGACAAAAAAGAAACAGAAGACAAAAAAGCAGAUAUUAAAGAGGAAGAUAAAUCCAAGGAUAGCAGUGGUGAAAAGACAGAUACCAAAGGCACAAAAUCAGAACAGCUCAGCAAUCCUUGAAUAUAAAGCCUCACUUCAAUUAAAAGGACACAAUACUAAAUUGAAAACAAAAAUGCUAAAAGGAGCUUUUCAUAUUGGGAAGAGACUGUUGAUUUUCAUUUUGUACAAUUUGGCAUGAAGCAUAUUUAUUUUCAAACAACUGUGUUUUGGUUUUUGGCAAGUUGUAUUGUGAAUUUCCUAAUUAUGAUGCAAAAAUUUGUUCCUUCCACCAGGCUUUAAGUAAUAGUAUUUAAAAUGGUUGUGAGUUAUCAUGUUAAACGUCUAAACUGAUCUAUUAAAAUUUGCCUUUCCUAAACUGAUUUUACCCCUUUUUGUAAUUAUAUCUUUAUUAAAAAAAUUGUACUUGCC